AUGAUCGCAUCGCCCACCUCGUCACCGUUGUCUAUGCCUUACUCUACUUCACCCGACUCACGCACAAUCACCUACUCCUCACAAGACAACAACACCGACAACAUGGCCCGCUCAUCAUCAGCCGAGCCCGCAAAGAGCUCUAAGCGAAAGGGCACACGAAGCGUCUCUACCCUCACACCUUCACAACUCGCGCGCAAGAGAGCCAACGACCGAGAGGCUCAAAGGGCUAUCCGGGCGCGAACCAAGGAGCACAUUGACCGCCUGGAGCGCGAGCUGGAGGACCUCAAGAGCAAGCAGAGCCGUGAUCAGACAGUCCAGGAGCUUCUGCGACGGAACCAGGCGCUCGAGGAGGAGCUCAUGCGACUCAAGGAGAACAUGGGCGUCUCAAUGACCUCGUCGCCUUACUCUGCACCUGUGUACGAUGAUAACCUCAGCACAGGCAGCGGUGCCAUCCCCAGUCCUCGCGGCUCCCCCUUCCCUUCUGGCGACUACAGCCCCAUCCCCGACUAUGGACAGCAAUAUGUCCCCCUCCCUAACAACUGCGAGUCAUGGGCCAGCACAGUUCCCUGCCCCGUCCCCUCCAACGUCUCAAGCCCUUCCUCAUCUGCCGACGACUACAGCGCCGGCUACAUUCCCACAAGCGUGCCUACCUCGCUGCUGCCCUCAAACAACACAAGCUCUUCCAGCAUCAGCGUGGGCCACGCUCACAAGGAUGUGAUCAAGAUGGAGUAUGAAGAUGUUGACUCUCACGUGUCUAGACGCCGGAUUCCGCCUCAGCAACCCCUCGCUUCAACCCGUGUCCCAUACUUACAUGGCUCAACAGCAGCAGCCCGCCUGGAACAUGUAUCCCGUCUACUACCCCCAGGCUCAGUCCUCGGUCCAUUGAAGGGCCAGACUCGACCGGGCUCAUCCUGGCCGGGAUCUGGGCCCGUUCUCACCACUCCGCCGGCCUGUCGCUUCGAUGAGCUCUUAGUCGGCUUCCUCCAGGACUGCCGUCGCAUGAUCACCGCAGAGUCACUAGCUCACACUCUUGGCCCCCCUCAGAUAGACGUACGCUCACUGUUUCGCGGCCAUGAUAGCCACGGUCAGAUCGCCUGCUCACCUCAUCCCAUCACCGACCUCAUCCGCAGCCUUAUCGACACAGCAGGAAUGACACGACUGACUGAGCGCAUCGCCAUCUUUGCGCCUCUGCAAACCAUGAUCUGUUGGCUCGUGCAGCCUACUCCAGAGAGACGCGCGCGACUAUGUGAAGACUACGUGCCGCGAGAGCGCCAACUGACAACUCCGCACCCUCAAUGGCUCGAUCUGCUCCUCUGGGGCAGUCUGCGCGAGGCCGCCAUCGAGCGACAGGACCUCUACGCUACAGACGAGUUUCAACGGGUCUACUUCGACGCGCUGCGCCUUGUCAAUUGGCCUUAUCAGCCGCUAGACGGCCUAGUCACAGAUCCGCAGACGGGCCACGUUGGGCUCACGGAUGCCCUCAUGGCCCAUGCCAUGAACGGUUCAAACUGGCGCCUGGCUGAGACCUUUGCCCAACGAUACCCUGAGCUUUGCGGGCUAGUGGCUCUGGAGUAG